ACUCGUAAAAAUAUAGUUGAAAGAUUUGGUUAAACAAAAACCAAAUCUCAACAUAGCUUGAUCUUGAAUUAACUUGUGCAAAUGUGUAUUUAAGUUGCUUAUACCUAUACAUAUAAAUAUCUCCAAAUAUACAUUGUUCGUUCCAUAACAAAAUGGGUUCUGAAAGCCUAAAGCUUCCUGUAAUAGAGUUGUCGAACCUCAAACACGAAAGUGAAACAUGGGAGUCUACGAAAGUCCAAGUUAGGCAAGCCUUGGAAGAUUACGGUUGCUUCGAAGCCACAUUCGAUCAGAUUCCUGUUGAUCUGAGAGAAUCGGUUCUUGAUGGAUUGAAACAACUAUUUGAUCUUCCUUUAGAGGUGAAAUUAUGCAACAAAUCAGAAAGGCCUUACCACGGCUAUACUGGACAAGUUCCCACUCUUCCCCUGUACGAAAGUUUGGGGAUCGAAGACGUCGCGUCGCCUCACCAAAUCCACUCCUUCACCAACCUCAUGUGGCCUCAAGGCAAUCCAUCUUUCAGCAAGAGCGUGCAGUCGUAUAUAGAAAAAUUGUGGGAAUUAGACAAGAUUGUGAGGAAGGUGGUGUUGGAGAGCUGUGGAGUGGGGAAACACGUGGAAGAUCACAUGAGGUCCACCAACUACGUUGUUCGAGUUCAGAAGUAUGAUAGCCCUCCAAAUCAUGAGACUCAACCGGGAUUGUUACCUCAUCUGGACUUGAACAUUCUCACCAUAUUGCAGCAGCUCAAUCACGUUGCCGGAUUGGAAAUUCUCACCAAACAUGCCAACAAAUGGAUCACUGCACGACCAUCAUCUCCCUAUUCCUUCUUUGUCUUUGCCGGAAUCUCAUUUCAUGCAUGGACAAACGGGCGGCUGCAUUCUCCGCUUCACAGAGUGACGAUGAAUGGAGACGAAGCUCGAUACUCGAUCGGAUUAUUUUCGGUUCCGAAGCCUGGGAGCUUAAUCAAGGCCCCAGAUGAGUUGGUGGAUGAAGACCACCCUUUACUCUAUAAGCCCUUUGAUCAUCACAAGUUUAUUGAAUUUCUUAACUCACAGGCUGUUGCCACCUCUUCGGAUGCUCUCAAGAAUUAUUGUGGAGCCUAAACUCUACAAAUUACUUCGCCACAUGCAUGCAAUCUUAUGUUCAUUAAUUUGUAUGUCAAUUUACUACGCAUGAUAUGUGAAAUAUUGAUAAUAUAUAGUGUUAAAAGCCCAUUGAGAGGGGUUAUUGUCAAAUAAAAGUUUGGAAGUUCACAGGCUAGCUCUUCCAAGCUCGCAUGUAAUCAAUCAAUUAUUAUUGUAAGGGCAAAUUACAAAAUAAGUCACAAACUUUGCCUCAUUUUUCAAUUUCAAUACCACUUUUAAACUUUUGCAAAUAAA